AGAAAGGGAUCGUGCUGGAGAUGAGAGAAGAGAAACGCAACGAAACAAGACAAGAUUGACGAAAAUAACACACAUCUAUAGAAAAAUUACGAACAAAAUCGAGUUACAUACCGUCAGCUGCUCGGGACGCAAACACAAGUCCUCUGCUUCUGAGUUUACUGCUGUCUGCACUGACUGACUUCUUUUUUUUCACAUGUUUGUUUUUAUUUUACCCAACUUGUCAUUUCUUUCUUCUUCGCUUUGUGACGUCGGGAUCUGCUUCAUUUCUUUAACAACAGGUGGCAGCACAAAACAACUUCAUUGCUUUGUGUUUGAUCCUUUUCUUAGACCUAGAGAUGUUUAUAAUGCUAGAGAAUGUCAAGGAGUUGGCUGAAUUGUAAACUGUGUUUGAAAUAAUGACAGUUCGUCGCAAAACAGGUGUGGAGUUGAGUCAGGGAGUAUUUGCGGAACCCUGGUUCAGCAUUGCCAGAGCGUUUCUUAUCAAGAAAAGGGAAGAAGACUGGGAACCAAAGUUUUAGCACCACCACAACAACGUAGUGGGUGUCGUCCAGGGGGCCGUGAAGCGGUGUGGAAAUGUAAAAUGGCGGUGCAAGUAGAUGGAGGUUCUUCUGAUGGGGGUGACCCAGACGAGUUAAAAACACAAUUUUACACCAGAGAAGGAACUUACCGCCUAAUGACCUUAUCGGAAUACUCUAGACCGAAUAGAGUUGGAUACACAAACACCCAGGGCAAUGCUUCAGUGCGAGUGUCGUUUGUAAAUUUACCGGAUCCCUCUGGCAAUGGAGACAGGAUCUGCUUCAAUUUUGGUCGGGAGCUCUAUGUUUAUGUUUAUAAAGGAGUCAAAAAGGCUGCUGAUCUUACCAAACCAGUGGAUAAAAAGAUGUAUAAAGGUACCAAUCCUACCUGUCAUGACUUUAAUUCAGUUACUAUGACAUCCGACACUGUGUCAUUACUUGUUGGAUUUUCAACUGGUCAAAUUCAACUAAUAGAUCCAAUAAAAAAGGAGCUCAGUAAAUUAUACAAUGAAGAGAGGUUAAUUGACAAAACAAAAGUCACCUGUAUUAAAUGGGUUCCUGGUUCUACUAACCUCUUCCUUGCCUCCCACAGUAGUGGGCAAUUAUAUUUAUACAACGAAGAACUUCCUUGUGGAACUACAGCUCCACAUUAUCAGCCAUUCAAACAAGGGGAUGGCUAUGCUAUUCACACCUGUAAAACCAAGAGCACACGCAAUCCAUUGUACCGUUGGGUACUAGGAAGUGAUGGCUGCUGCAUCAAUGAACUUGCCUUUUCUCCCUGUGGCAGUUACCUAGCAGUUGUCAGUCAAGAUGGAUUUCUUCGUGUGUUUCACUAUGAUACCAUGGAGCUUGUUGGAGUUGCUCGCAGCUACUUUGGUGGAUUCCUGUGUGUGUGUUGGUCACCUGAUGGAAGAUAUGUUGUUGUUGGUGGGGAAGACGAUUUAGUGACAGUGUGGAGUUUUCAUGAGAGAAGAGUUGUAGCUCGAGGGCAGGGGCAUAGAAGUUGGGUCAGUGUUGUGGCUUUUGAUCCAUUCACAUCUUCUUGUAGUGGAGUGAAAGUUAAUGGUGCCAGUAGUAGCAAUUCGAAAGUGGACUUCAGUGAUUCAGACAGUGAGUCUAGCUUUGAGCAUAAAAGGACUUCUUCAAAUUCUGACAUGACGUGUUACCGUCUAGGUUCUGUUGGCCAAGACACUCAGUUGUGUUUAUGGGACAUUACAGAAGAUGUUUUACGACAACCUAUGUGUCCUCGAACAAGAACCACCAGUACUGCUGGAUUAGGCAAUUUAAGUGGAUCAAAAACACUUAAUGGCAAUGGAGCCCCUGCAGGCAGUGCUGUUGGGACAGGGACAGGCCCCAUUGUGGACAAUACCAAGUGCAAUAGUAUAGUUACUAAUUCAGUUGGGUCAAAGGACAAAAGUGGUGAUCAUUCCUCUUCUAAUUCUCACCACUCUGGAUCAACCCUAUCACAAAAACUGGCUGCAUUUGGUUUUGGAGAUCGCAAGGAGGGUCACAAAAGAAAUUUCAGUAUUGGUCCAAAAUCCAGUUCAUCCUCAGACAAGAGUCAUAAUUCAUCAACAGUAAAAUCUACUCAUAGUGCUGCUGAUGAUCCGAUGAGACUCAUUGGCACAAGCACUUGUCCAAGGUUUGAUGAAUGCCCCUUGUUGGAACCCCUCAUAUGCAAGAAAAUAGCCCAUGAGAGACUGACAGCCCUUGUUUUUAGAGAAGACUGUUUCGUAACCGCCUGUCAAGAUGGAUAUGUCUACACCUGGGCCAGGCCUGGGAAAUUGUGUGGAGGACCUGGCUUGUCAAAUAUUCCGUCAAGCCCUGGUCAUGUAUCCCUGGGGAACAACAAUGCUGUCCGAGUCACAAGUGGAAAUGGAGACAAUGCAGGCAUAUCUCCAGGAAACACCACAAGAAGCUCCCCAGACCCUACAGAUUCUAUAGAAAACACACCAACAUCCGUAGUGUAGCAGGCUACUUCUCAGUUCAGUCCAGGGUCUCUGAAGGCCAGACAUGUCUUAUAAAGUGAAACCUGUUGUUUUGCUCAAGUACUCUGUCUGCGUCUUCCAUGACAGGAAUACAUAAUUCAUAAUUAAAUUUAGAAGAUAUUGUUCGGCCUGAAAGUGUAAGAGCUAAACUGCAGUUGUUUAGAUUUUAUUGUUGGUUAAUAGAAUACUGCUCAUUGAGAGCUGCUCAGGAUGCUGCAUCGUUCUGCAAUGCCACAUGUGCUGAGCAAAAUUCAAACUGUUGUGUUGUGAGAUAAUAUAUUGUCGGUUUUGUAUAAGCUACACUAAAUGGCAGUACCUGUCCUUAACUCGUAAAUGAGUAAAUCAAAAAGAAAACAAAAAUCUUUCGUGCUUCUGUAAGUGUAACUUAUGAAGCAAAGGCUGUGGCUAGUUACUAAGGGGAAUGUCCAUCCCCUAUCCAAAGAUAAACAACUUAAAGAAGUUGGAUUAUUCUUUAGUUAAUCAUAUUUGUGCUUGCUUUGAAUCAUGUCACAGUUCAUGAUGUACUUGUGUUCUUUCUCUGGUCUAUUUAUUUUUAGUGGUCAUCCUUGAAUGUGUGACAGAUUCUGUGUUAUAGUUAUUUUGUUGUAAAAUGGGGAAUUGUCAAGAAAAAAUUAACUGCAUUAAA